AUGUACGCCAGAUAUGCCCCUCCCUCGAAUGGUGGAAGCAAUUCGAAUACUUCUCCUCCUCCAUCGUCAUUGAAAACUACAAAUAGCACAGCUUCUGCUCCUGCGACGAAUGCUUUUAGUUAUUCGCGAUACGUCCCUCCGAGCGCAAAGCCUGUACCUCAGCCCAAACCCAUAGAGACUCCCCAAGUCUAUUACUUUGAUGAAGAGCCGCCUAAGAAUGCCAAACGGAAAUUAGAUGCUUCAGAUGAGCGCAAAAGCUCACCAGGUCCUGAUAGCAAGAAGACCAAGACAGAGGAGCCAACAACACAAAAGGAUGGAGAAGAUGCGCCGAAGAAAAAGAAGAAGGUCAGAAGAGGCAAGCGGAGAACCGGAGCUACCAAUGAUGAACGCGACGAUGACGACAUCAAGCCCGCGCAAAAGGCCCCCGAGGUCAAACCCAAGGAAGCAAACGAAACGCCCGAAGAGAGCCAGACUUUGGACGAAGAUUCAGCAAAGGACAAGGAAAUCCUGAAACGAGAAAUGAAGGAAAAGAAAGAGAAGAGGAAGAGAAAGGUAAAGGAUAGAGAGCAAGAAUUAGAAGUUCCUCACAUGCCUGCUCCCGAGGACGAAAAUCGCAACGAGGAUGUAUCCAUGACCGACGCGGCAGAACCCAUUCAAGAGGUUGAGAAUGUCCCUGAGCCUACCGAAGCAGCACCAGAUGAGGAAGACAAAAGACAAAAGCGCAGGGAGAAGAAAAAGAAGGAAAAGGAAACUGAGCCAGCAGAGGAACAACAAGACGAACAGCAGACAAACCAGCGGCACAAGACGGUCAUGAGCAGGCUUGAAAAGUCUCUUAAGCUUGCCAGUGAGCUGCCCGCGGACGAAGAGCAUGAAGAGGAUCAGGGCGAACUACACGGCCUCGAGCCUUUACCUCAGCCAGAGCUGAUCAGCUCUCUGACGACCUCAAAGCCGAGCUACAAGAUUCUGCCCUCGUGGCUUGAAGAUCCGAUUCGUGUCUCUCAGGACACACGCACGCCUUUCGCUGAACUAGAUAUUAUACCCAAGGCUUGUCGAGUAUUAGAGGAGAAGGGAUUCCGAGAUGCCUUUGCUGUGCAGACUGCCGCAAUCCCUCUCCUGCUGCCAACAAGCAAGCAACGGGGAGAUGUGCUCAUCUCUGCCGCGACCGGUUCCGGUAAGACACUGGCCUAUGCUCUCCCUGUUGUACGAGAUAUCAGUCAAGGAUAUCUCACGAGGCUGCGUGCGCUAGUAGUCCUACCAACACGUGAACUGGUCAAGCAAGCUCAAGAGACCUUUGAACUUUGCGCUAGGGCAUUCGAUGGUGGUGAUCGAAAAAGAGUACGAGUAGGAAUCUCCAUUGGUAGCCAGUCGCUCGAGGUCGAGCAGAAAGCCUUCAUGGAUCAGGAGCUUCGAUAUGACCCUGAUGCAUACAAAAAGCUACGAGAGGAGACACAGCGUCGAAACCAGCUGAAAUGGGGCCUUUCAGCAUCGGAUAGCCUCCAAGAUCUUGACAUGGAGGACACAGACCCUCGAUUAAGCCAUAUGAACGGAUAUGUGGUCGAUUACCUUUCCAAAAUAGAUGUUCUGAUAUGCACUCCUGGACGACUGGUUGAGCAUAUGGAACAAACAAGGGGCUUCAACCUGGAUUAUGUUCGAUGGUUGGUAGUUGAUGAGGCGGAUAAGCUACUCGCUCAGAGCUUCCAAGGCUGGCUUGACCUCGUUAUGGAAAAGUUCCGGAUCAAUAAGUUUACCGCACGAGACUUCCAUGACAUGGACUUUUCUGGUGUUCGCAAGGUUAUUUUGAGUGCUACGCUCACAAGAGAUUUGAGCCUCCUCAAUCAAUUGGGCCUGCAAAGACCACGACUGAUUGUUCUGGAGAGCGAUGGCGACACCCAGAUUGCUGAGCAUUCUCUACCCGUGUCGUUGAUGGAGCAUGCAAUCAGAGUGCACGACACCAAUCUCAAGCCCCUCUACUUGCUCGAUCUACUCCGCAGUCAGGACAUGCUCAUGGCAAGCCCGAACAAAGACGAAGAGGAACCCAAGGCUGAUGAAGCCGAAGAUUCAGUUACCAGCUCUGACUCAAGCUCCAGUUCUGACUCCGACUCCGACUCUGAUGCGACUUCAGAUACAAGCUCCGACACAUCUUCUGACUCGGAUUCUGACACAGAGACGGAUACCAGACCCAAGGUCACAGGCCGGACACUUAAGUCUCACAUCCCGAUUUCUCUUAUUUUCACAAAGUCCAACGAAUCUGCACUUCGUUUGUCACGACUACUCGCUCUGUUGGAUCCCUCCUUGGCCAACCACAUCGGCACACUCACAUCAACUACACCAACACACAUCCGCCGCAAGACUCUCCGGGCCUUCUCGACUGCCUCAUCCCCCAUUCGCCUUCUCAUCGCCUCUGACCUUGUCGCUCGUGGUAUCGAUCUUCCCAACCUUGACCAUGUUAUCAACUACGACCUACCGCCCAGCGUGGCUGGCUAUGUUCACCGAGUUGGUCGAACAGCUCGAGCUGGAAGGGCAGGAUGCGCUUGGACACUCGUUGGCGAUGAUGAGAGUGGUUGGUUCUGGGGCAAGAUUGCCAAAGGUGCUGGAGUCAAGAGAGCUCAAAAGGUCGAGCGAACAAGGAUUGAGGAGAUUGAUGAAAAGAGAGUGGAAGAGUAUGAGGCUGCUUUGGAGAAGCUGGAUGCCAGCACUAUGGGUUGUCUUAUGCAUUACAUGCCAGAAUAUCGACACAUCUGA